AUGAGAGCGUUUGCCUGUUCACUCAGGAAUCUGUCAUACAGAGAGGAUGAUGGUGUGUUGCGUGUGUUUAAGGCUGGUGUUCAGCAGAUGCUUGACAUCUUGUUUCUGAGUGACGGUAAAGAGUUUGUGAGCAGCACUGACGCUGUUAGUCGAGACUCUGCAGACUGAACGCUCAUCGCCUGGGACUUUAACACCACCACCAAAAUCUCCAACCAGAUAUUCCAUGAACGUUACACCUGCCCGUGUCUGUCAUCUCACCCACUGGAGAAUAGUUUCGUGGCUCAGACAAAUGGCAGCUAUUCUGCCCUAUUUUCAGCCCAGCGGCUGUACAGAAUGAAUAAGAGACGGCGAUAUGAAGGACACAAGAGCAAAGACAAAAUACAACGUCCACACUUGUGGACACAGGGUGGAUUUUCUGCAGACAGGCAUGUUCUGGUGUCGGGCAGCUCUACCGGUUUUGUUCACUUCUACGACUUUCAGAGUUCACAACCCCUAAACAUGCUACAGGUCAUGAACACGCGUGUUCAUCCCGUGUUACUUGCUGUGAUGGCCUUGGGUGAUUGGCUAGGAGAAAUCAUAAUAUGGAAUUAA